AUGUCGAAAGCACCAACUACCAUUGGUGACAACUAUACCGUCCUUCCUAUCGCAAUUCCUUCUACGCCCGCAUAUCCCGUUGCGACGACGCAUCACAUAUAUUUGAGACAGCAUGCUCCAAAGAUUCCGUCCGAGAAUGAUUCGCGGAGUCUCUUCGCAACAAAUCUACCUAUAGAUUCCACAGAUAUUUAUAUUCGAAGCAUAUUCGCAUCAUUGAUAGGUGUUGGCCGAGUUGAAGAUGUACGAUUCGAUGGGGAAAAGGAAGAGGUUGUCGCACAAAAACAAAUCGAGAAUACCUCGCAGAGCAAGAAAAGAAAGAGAGGAGGCGAAGUUGAAAUCGAUACGAGUUUACCACAAGGAUGGGAUAGGCAAUUGCGCAUUAAGGGAAGGACGGCUGUGGUAUUAUUGGUAGAUGAGAAAAGCGUGGAAUCCGUUCUAAAGGCUGCACGAAAAGCCUGCAAAUCAGGAAAGGAAUCAAAAUAUCCUGUUUGGGGCGCAGGUGCUGAAGGCAAAGUGCCCGCUUUGGGUAGCGCACGUUAUGCAAUGAGGCAGGAGUUACGAUUCCCUGACAAAUUAGCAGUGCAGAGGAGUGUAGACGCUUUCAUGACGAAGUUUAAUAGUAAGGAAGAGGAGAGAGAGAGGGAAAGAAAGAGAUUAAGGAAUGUGCCAGAUGAGGAUGGAUUUGUGACAGUAGUGAGGGGUGGGAGGACAGGCCCAGCGAGGAAUGAGGCGGCGGAAGAAAAGAGGCGAGAGAUGGCCGAGAAGGAGGAGAAGAGGAGAAAGGAGUUGGAGGACGCAGGAUUCUAUAGGUGGCAGGGACGAGAGAAGAGAAAGAAGGAGGUUGGAGAGCUGGUCAAGAGAUUCGAGGCGGAUAGGAAGAGAGUGGAAGGUAUGAGGGAAAAAAGAGGAAGGUUCAGACCUGAGAGGUGA